UUUCUCUUCACUCUCUCACUCAAACCAAUCCUCUCUUCUCUCUUAUUCACAGAAUACUAAAUCACUCUCAUCUCUUCUUCUCUGUUUUCAACCAACUCCAACUUACAGUUUGCUAUGGCUUUAGAAGCUCUGAACUCUCCCACCGCCGCAGGCCAAGGGUUUCACUUUGAUGAGCCCAAGCUCCAGUACUCGGAGCCAUGGACCAAGCGCAAGCGCUCCAAGCGUCCACGCAGUGUCGAGCAGGCUCAGGUCUCCGAGGAGGAGUAUCUCGCUCUCUGCCUCAUCAUGCUCGCUCGCGGCGGUAACAGAGGAGAACCCUUCACCACAACCUCCGCCGCCGUCGCCUCACACCGUAGCCAGUCCUCAUCCCCCAGUGUUUCUCCGGUAGUCGAACAGGCCACGUCAGCGCCGGCUAAGGAGAAUCAGCAUCAGCAGCUCAGUUACAAGUGCUCUGUUUGUGACAAGUCUUUUCCUUCAUACCAAGCACUCGGUGGACACAAGGCCAGCCACAGGAAGGGGUCUUCCGCUGUCACCGGUGGAGACGGACCCUCUACCUCAUCGACCACCACCACCACAUCCGCUGCCACCGUCUCUAACGCCUCCGGCAGAUCCCACGAGUGCUCUAUCUGCCACAAGUCUUUCCCCACCGGCCAGGCCUUGGGCGGACACAAGCGUUGCCACUACGAGGGCAGCAUCACCACCACCAAGUCCGCCGCAACCACCACCAGCGCCGUGACAACCUCCGAGGGAGUCGGGUCCACUACUCAUACCGUCAGCCAACAACACCGUGAAACGUUUGAUCUAAACUUACCUGCCUUCCCAGAGCCGCUGUCACGGAACUUCUUCAUGUCCGGCGACGACGAGGUGGAGAGCCCUCACCCGACGAAGAAGCCCCGUCUAUUCGUGACCCCCAAAGUUGAGAUUUCACUCCACUAGGGCGGCCGGUCACGAUGACGACACCUAUAGAAAGAUUAAUUAGGAAAUUAUCAUUUUCAUUAAUCAAUUAGCUUGUAUUUUUCCUUUUAUUGUAUGAAUUCAAUUUGUUUGUUAUGUACAUACAAUAUUAGCUCCCUAUUGAAACUUCAAUGAAAUUCAAUUGAUUUGAUUA